CGCGGGUUUGAAGCAGCGGACGUGUACUUGGUCAAGGUGGCGCUGAAUGCAACGAAUCCGUCUCAGCUGCUGCCUCUCGAGUUGGUGGACAAAUGCAUUGGCUCGCGGAUUCAUAUUGUUAUGAAAAAUGAUAAGGAGAUUGUCGGAACACUGCUUGGUUUUGAUGAUUUUGUCAACAUGGUGCUUGAAGAUGUUACUGAAUUUGAGAUCACACCAGAAGGCAGAAGAAUCACAAAACUGGACCAAAUCCUAUUGAAUGGAAAUAACAUAACGAUGCUUAUUCCUGGUGGUGAAGGUCCUGAAGUAUGAAUGGAACCCUCUUUCAACUAAGUGAAUUUUUGAUUCAUGUACUUCUGUUUUAUGUUCACUUCUGUUUAUGACAGUUUUUUUAAGAGUUUAUUUUUUAUGACUCCUUGCAAAAACUUGCAUUUAUUUUGUAGCUGGAACAAAUGUAUUGUCUCAGAAAUGAGAGGUGAAUCAUGUUUGAGUGUAUGCAAAACUUGAUUUAUUUUUAAAGAGAAAAUAAAGGGUUUUCUUUUUCACUUAAAAAAAAAA